AAGGAAAUGGACUAGCAAGAGGCAUCUGUGCGUUUCUGGUAUCAUUCAAAACCAGUUUUUGUUGGCAAAGUCUUCAGGUUAGCGCACCCCGUGCCUCAAUUGGAAUCAAUUUCUUUGUCACACAUUUAUAUUAAAGUUUUUCAUCCUAAUGAUGUAGAUAGAUCCUAUGGAGAACAAAAACAGUAUUAGUGUCAGAGGAAGAAGAUUCAUUGCAAAAUGAAUCUUUAGUGUUCUAAGAAUCGGUGCAAUCCCGAAUCACAUUGCUUUCAUUCUGGACGGGCAUCAAAGAUUUGCAAAGAAGACAAAAAUGGCGGAAGGGGUUAAUCACGAAAUUGGAUUCCAGGCCCUUAAGUUCAUGCUUCUCUACUGCUACGAUCUUGAAGUGAAACACAUUACUGCCUAUGCGUUUAAAUAUUUUGAUAAUUUCCGAAGGAAACCAGAGGAAGUUCAGAAGCUCAUGGAUCUGAUGAUGGAGAAGAUGCAACUCCUCAAAGAAAAUGAAAGCUUACUGCACCAUAAACAGGUUAGAGUUCACAUUGCUGGUAACCUGGAGCUCUUGAAUCCAUCUCUCAGGGACGAAGCCAAGAGGCUGAUGGAGCUGACUGCAGGUUAUUCAAAAGCUGUGUUUACUGUCUGUUUUGCUUACACUUCCCCUGAUGAGAUUGUUCAUGCUGUUCAAGAAUCUUGUCAGGAGAACUGCAACGAAAUAGAAGAUCAAACCAAGGACCUGAGUUUAAAUUUAGUGGACAUUGAAAAACAUAUAUACAUGACCAUUGCACCUUAUCCUGAUAUCUUGAUCGGACAUUGGGGAAGAGUCGCCUGAGCAAUUUUCUUCUAUGGCAGAGUUGUAACAGCCAGUUGGUGUCCACGGCUGCACUUUGGUCGGAGUUUGGUUUAUGGCAUUUGGUAUGCGCAGUCCUCAAUUUCCAGAGGAAUCACCUUUAUCUGGAGAAGAAAAAGAAACAGAUGUAACUUCUAGUUAUUUGUAUGUGUGUUCUUAAUUCCCUCCCCACCAGUAGAAUUCAAGUUUGUUGGGACUUAACAUUCAGUCUUUUGUCCCUUGUCUGUUUCUAUCUUUUCUUUACAUUAGGAGUUAAUGCUUGAUAUUAAAGGAGUUUAACUUUU